GCCAGACGGGCCAGAUCGCCAUCGACCGCCGUCGUCAGCCGGGUGAUGUAAGGCCCGUGAUUGGCGGGCGGCAGGUCGGGAAGCUUGAAUGGCCUCGCAUCCUUACUCUUUUCAUGCCCGCUUCUCCACGCUCUUCCCCUUUCUGCCUUCUGCCUGGGCGUACUCCGUCCAUACCUCCAUCCGCAUUCCUCCUUCGCUUGCUUCCUCCUCUAUCUCGAUGCACUCCUUUUCAUAAGGCACCAUGCCGCUCCCCUUUCGGGAUCAGUUCAAGCACGACAAAUCUUCCUCUGGCAGGAAGUCUUCUCAGCAGCAGCGCUACACCCCUUUGCACGAGACCAUCCCCGAGGAGGUCCAUGACGACCGUCGCUACUCCGAAACCUUCUCCCUCUCUGACCUCUCCGAUCCCGAUGACGACACUCACAAGCUGCGCCGUGUCAACAACACCAAGUCCAGCCAUGUCGACGCCUACAACCGCCGAUCCACCGACGUCGAAGCUUAUCUAGACAGUAUUACCGAGGCGGAACAGGAGCUGCUGGCCGCAGCGAGGCAGUACGAACUCACCGACGAUAGUGACGACCAGGACUACGUCGUCAAGAAAAAAGGGCAUCGACGACGACCGUCCUUCAAGAGACAUACCCCCCGCACCGGAUGGCGGGCGUACUACUAUUCCCGGUGGUUCUGGCGGACGCUGGUCGUCAUCUUCGUCGCCCUGGGCAUGAUGGUGUGGGCAUUUUUGAACGUGGCCUGGUCAGGGGAUGACACUGAACGAGACUUGACUCCGGCAGAGUCUUGGUUUCCGACUCCCAAGGGAGGAGCCCUCGAGGAAUGGGCGGAAGAUUACCGAAAGGCAGAGGCGCUGGUCCGAGAGAUGACCCUCAUGGAAAAGAUCAACAUUACAACGGGCAUUGGCUGGCAGAUGGGGCUUUGUGUCGGGAAUACAGGCUCCGCGGAACUGGUCAAGUUCCCCUCGUUAUGUCUCCAGGACGGCCCUCUCGGAAUACGCUAUGCGGACCUCAUCUCGGCCUUUCCCGCCGGGAUUACGACCGGAGCGACCUGGAAUCGAGACCUGAUACGGGAUCGUGGUGUGGCUUUGGGACAGGAGGCUCGGAUAAAGGGUGUCAACGUUCUGCUGGGUCCUUCCAUGGGCUCCCUCGGUAUGAUGCCGGCAGGCGGCCGCAACUGGGAGUCGUUCGGUUCUGAUCCUGUGCUGCAAGGUGUGGCUGCUGCGGAGACCAUCCGUGGCAUCCAGAGCAGCGGGGUCAUGGCCACAGCCAAGCAUUACAUUCUGAACGAGCAGGAACACUUUCGACAGCCAUUCGAGUGGGGCAUCUCCACCGCCAUGUCUUCGAAUAUCGGCGAUCGCGCUCUGCACGAGGUAUUUGUGUGGCCGUUUGCCGAAAGUAUCCGGGCCGAUGUCGCCAGCGUUAUGUGUGCGUACCAAAUGGUGAACAACAGCCACGCGUGUGAGAAUAGCAAGUUGCUGAACGGCAUUCUCAAGGACGAGCUGGGCUUCCAAGGAUUCGUCCAGUCGGACUGGCUGGCGCAGCGGUCGGGCAUUAAUAGCGCCGUGGGUGGUCUGGACAUGAGCAUGCCAGGCGACGGUCUUCACUGGGCGGACGGCAAAUCUUUAUGGGGCCCCGAGUUGACACGGGCAGUGAUGAACACGUCCGUCCCCAUGGACCGAUUGAACGACAUGGUGACGCGUAUUGUAGCGGCCUGGUACCAUCUCGGCCAGGAUCUGUGGGCACGUCCUCCUCCCGAGGGCGACGGUGGCCCCAAUUUCUCGUCGUGGACCAACGACGAGGUUGGAUGGUUCCACCAAGGGUCUCCCGACGAUGAAGCCUUUGGUGUUGUGAACCGGUUUAUUGAUGCCCAGGGGCAAGGCGAGAGCGCGCACGCGAUCAUUGCCCGCAAGGUGGCAGCGGAGGGUAUCGUAUUGGUGAAGAACGACAAGAACAUCCUCCCGUUGUCGCGCCGGCCUGCGAGCCCGUCCGGCGGUGCCUAUCGGAUAGGCGUGUAUGGCGACGACGCUGGUCCGGCCGCCGGACCCAACGCCUGCCCCGACCGGGGAUGCAACCAGGGAACCUUGGCCAUGGGCUGGGGAAGCGGGACGGCGGAGUUUCCGUAUCUGGUCAGUCCGCUGGCAGCGUUGGAGACUGCCUGGGAAACCGAGGUUGACAUGCAGGCAUACCUGCGGAAUGCUGUGAUGCCCGCGGAUGCAGCGGACAAGGAUUUGUGUCUGGUUUUCGCGAAUGCCGACUCUGGCGAGGGAUACAUCGCCGCGGGCGGCAUCAACGGCGACCGCACCAACCUGUUCUUGCAGAAGGGCGGCGAUUCGUUGAUCAAGACUGUCGCCAGCAGCUGUGGCGGGCCGACCGUGGUGGUGGUGCACGCGGUUGGGCCGGUGGUUGUCGAGUCCUGGAUUGAUCUUCCAGGAGUCGAAGCCGUCCUGUUCGCCCAUAUUCCCGGGCAAGAGAGUGGCAACGCGCUGGUGGACGUGAUGUUCGGGGACGUCGAUGCCAGCGGCCGGUUGCCCUACACGGUAGGAAAGAGCCUCGCCGACUAUGGACCGGGCGCGCAGGUCCUGUACGAGCCCAAUGCCCCGGUGCCCCAGGUGGACUUUAGCGAUGGCCUGUACAUCGAUCACCGGUACUUCGACCGCCACAACAUCACGCCCCGGUUUGAAUUCGGCUUUGGACUAUCGUACGCGACGUUCGAGCUGGGCGAGCUGCAGGUGAGCGCCCUACAGUCGAAAUCGCGACUGCCGGCGUCGCGACCUCCUGCGACAGUCUCGCCGCCGGUGUACGAUCCGGAACCGCCGCGGAACGAAUCCAUCUUUUUCCCACCUGGCUUCCAUGCGGUGUCCAAAUACAUUUACCCGUAUCUGCCAUCGUUGCAGGGGACCACCCCUGUGAAUUACACGCAUUACCCGACGGGCUAUGACAAGCCGCGACCGCUGUCGGAGGCCGGAGGUGGCAUGGGCGGCAACCCAUCGCUGUACGAGGAGAUGGCGAAGGUGGAAGUGCAGGUGCGCAACACGGGGCCGCGGGAAGGCCAGACGGUGGUGCAGGUGUAUGUGUCGUUUCCGGACGAGGUGACCGAAGAGGGCGACUGGGUGGAGGUGCACGACCAGAGUUCCAAGGUGAAGCUCGAGCGGCGGCCAGAGAGGAUCGACUUUCCGGUGCGGGCGCUGCGCAACUUCACCAAGGUGGCCCUGGAGCCGGGGGAGGCACAGACGGUGGGGAUGAGUCUGAGCAGGAAGGAUCUGAGCUAUUGGAGUGUGCGGCAGCAGAAUUGGGUGAUGCCAGAGGGAGAUUUCGAAAUCUGGGUGGGACAAAGUUCGCGGGAUUUACCUUUGCGGGGGUACUACUAGCUCAUCUUUCUUGUAUAUAUUGUGGUAUUGAUGAAUUGCUGUGACUGAUAAAGUACAUGUAGCUGAACUCCC